UUAUCCGACCCAACAAACACAGACACAAAAAGCUUAUUCCACAGAGGGAGAGAGAGAGAGAGAGAGAGCCAUGGCUUCUUUGGCUCAGCAAUUCACAGGCCUGAGAUGCCCACCACUCUCUUCGUCGCGACUCUCGAAGCCCUUCUUCUCUUCAAAACAGACCCAGAAAGCCACUGUGCAGCCCCCCAUUGUCUCAGCAGCAGUGGCAAUCUCAAACGCACAGACCAAAGAUAGGGCCAAGCUCAAACAACUCUUCGAAGAAGCCUACGAACGCUGUCGUAUUGACCCUACAGAAGGCGUUUCCUUCACUCUCGAGACCUUCCAUGACGCUCUCGAGAAGUACGACUUCAAUUCUGAGCUUGGGACCAAGGUCAAAGGAAUCGUGUUCAGUACAGAUAAUAAUGGUGCACUAGUUGACAUUACUGCAAAGUCUUCAGCAUACUUGCCCGUCCAAGAGGCAUGCAUUCACAAAUUAAAACAUGUGGAAGAAGCAGGCAUAGUUACUGGUUUGAAAGAGGAGUUUGUAAUUAUUGGUGAAAAUGAAGCUGAUGAUAGCUUGAUCCUGAGCUUAAGAAAUAUCCAAUAUGAACUUGCAUGGGAAAGAUGUAGACAGCUUCAAGCUGAGGAUGUUGUCAUCAAGGGUAAGGUAGUUGGUGCAAAUAAAGGUGGAGUGGUGGCUUUGUUGGAAGGCCUUAGAGGGUUUGUUCCUUUUUCACAGAUAUCAUCGAAAUCAACCGCAGAAGAGCUUCUUGAUAAGGAGCUUCCACUGAAGUUUGUGGAGGUUGAUGAGGAACAAUCGAGGCUUGUCCUAAGCAACCGGAAAGCCAUGGCUGAUAGCCAGGCACAACUAGGAAUUGGAUCGGUGGUUAUUGGAACUGUGCAGAGCCUAAAACCAUAUGGUGCCUUCAUUGACAUUGGUGGAAUCAAUGGCCUUCUUCAUGUCAGUCAGAUCAGUCAUGAUCGUGUCUCAGAUAUUGCGACGGUACUUCAACCUGGUGAUACUCUUAAGGUCAUGAUACUGAGCCAUGACCGUGAGAGAGGCCGAGUAAGUCUUUCUACCAAGAAGUUAGAACCUACUCCUGGAGACAUGAUUCGCAAUCCAAAGCUUGUUUUUGAGAAGGCCGAGGAAAUGGCUCAGACAUUCAGGCAGAGGAUUGCUCAAGCUGAAGCUAUGGCUCGUGCAGACAUGCUUAGAUUCCAGCCGGAGAGUGGACUGACCCUCAGCUCCGACGGAAUCUUGGGUCCGCUUACUUCAGACUUGCCGGCAGAGGGUCUUGAUCUGAGUGAUGUUCCUUCAGCUGUAGAAUCAUGAUUGAGACUAGCAUAGCUUUUCCUCCUUUUUGUAUGCUCCUAUGUUAAUUGGCUUGUAAAAUUAUUAUCAAAACCUUUGGGGUCCGCCUCUGGCCUAAAUAUAUUGAUUCCUCAAAUUUUAUUGGUGAUCA